CGUCACACAUGACUUGGUACGGCCCAGGGGCCCUCCUCCUCGUCCUCUUCUCCUCCUCCUCCGGCGAACAACACGCACAAGCGGACGCGAUGGGCACGCAGUCCCUUCUUGGUGGCCUUCGUCAUCUUUAUCUCCCACACUGAGCGCUCGCUCGAUCGUCGGCCGUUUGGAUCAUCGCGCGGCCGCUCGGCGCCCGGCUGGAAGAUGGUGUACGCGUGGACCAACACGGUGGGCGUGGAGCGCUCGCUCUUGGCGCCGGCGCUCCCCAACCCGGCGGCGUCCUUCAACCACUCGGAGGCGGCGAACGGCAGCCGGCCCGGGGCGGCGGAGGACGGCCUGACGUCGGGCGAGACGGCGGCGCUGGCGCUGGCGUUUGGCGCGCUGUGGCUGGUGUCGGUGCUGGGCAACGCGCUGGUGUGCGUGGUGAUCCACCGCAGCCGGCGGGCGCAGUCCACCACCAACUACUUUGUGGUGGCGCUGGCCUGCGCCGACCUGCUGCUGAGCGCGGGCGGCGCCCCCCUGGUCCUGGCGCAGGUGGCGUGGGGCCGCUGGCCCCUGGGCGCGGCGGCGUGCGCGGCGGCCCGCUACGUGCAGCACCUGUGCCCCGGCGUGCAGGCCUACGUGCUGCUGUCCAUCUCGGUGGACCGCUUCUACAGCAUCGUGCACCCGCUCAGCUUCAAAGUGUCCCGCGAGAAGGCCAAGAAGAUGAUCGUGGCGUCGUGUUCGCUGGCGGCGGCCCUGGCCGCGCCCUGCCUCUUCUUCUACGGCGCCGAGGGCCGCCAGUGCCGCUUCUUCCCGCCCGCCGGCCGGGGCGGCGUCUGCUACGCCGCCGCCCAGCUCCUCCUGGGCUUGGCCCUCCCGGCGGGCCUGGUCUUCUCCUUCUACCGGCGGGUGGUGCGCCACAUCUGGAGGUUCGGCGCCGACGGCCACGCCGUGCGGCGCACCAUGAACACGGUUCCUCGCCCCAAGGUGAAGACCAUCAAGAUGUUCCUGGUGCUCAACUGGCUCUUCUUUGCCACGUGGACGCCCUUCUACCUGGCGCAGCUGUGGCACCCGCGCGAGGCGGACGACGGCGACGGCGCCGCGCGGCGGAGGGCGCCGCUCUUCUUCGCCGCCGUGGCCUGGGUCUCCUUCAGCUCGGCCGCCACCAAGCCCACCUUGUAUUCGGUCUACAACGCCAACUUCCGACGCGGCAUGCGGGAAACCUUCUGCGCAUCUUCCAUCAAGUGUUACCGCAGCAACGCCUACACCGUCACCGCCAGCUCGCGAUUGGCCAAGAAGAAUUACGUGGGCGUGCUCCACGCGCCCGUCGACGUCAAGGACGCCGCGCAGCCAAGCUGGGAGCGCGACGCCAAGGGCCGCAAGAAGCUGGCCUGGGCCGCCGGCGCCCACAACACUUUUGUGUAGCGCGCCGACGUGCGGCCAAAGCGGCGCUCGGCCGACGACGCGACCGUCCCUUCGCUUCGACCGCUCGCCGCGGGGUGCGGAGCGCAGGGGCGACCGCUCGGAAGGCUUUCCGUUUUCCUCUCAACUGACAGACUUGAAUGAUUUCGGCCGCCUCCUUUCAAAUCCACUUCCUUUGGGAGUAUUUCAAUCAUUGACAGCCCCCCCCCCCCAAAAAAAAAAAGGAAGAAGUCUUGUCAAGUGCCAUUUGUCACACAGAAACGGCUUGAGGGCCCGAAUGACCUUGGAUGCUUUCUAAAAAUGCUCAUCUGCGACGUAUCGCUUCCGAUGUUUUCUCCAUGACGGCGAUCAGAAAGGCGUCUCCUGGCGCAACAGGAGGGAGCCUCGUCGUGACGUCGCACUCCAGGAGCAAAGCCACUCGCUAAGCGCACCUCGCCUAACGCCCUCCAUUUCUGCGUUCUUUGGCUCUACGACGAAAACGCCGCCGCGUGGACAAACGGCGGUUCGAGAGCGAUUGGACAACUCUCGUCUUGUCUCAACAAUGGAAGGUAAGCCUCGUCGCCUCAAAAGAAAGGCUGUGAAAUGAACUGAACUUGCGUGAUGUCUUGCGGUAGCCAUUUUGCACUUGCGCGGGAGCAGACCGCAAACCAGACGGGCGGCCCACGAUUCUUCUUGCUUUACUUGUGACCAUUUCUUUUCAGUGGUGUUUUCUUGUGGCGCCCAAAGCUAACCGCUUCCUCGCUUUUUGCCGUUCAUCUUCACGGUUUGGCUAAGCUAGCGCAAUUCAACACAUCAAUGAGCGCUCACGCAACAUGUCAAGCCUGGAUUGCGAUUGUUUUUUGUGUGUGUGUGUGUGUGUGUGUGGACAUGCCGAGGUUGUCGGGUUGACAAACGUGAAUGAAUGGCCACUGAAAGGCGAUCAGAAUUUUAUUUCCAGGAACAAGAAAGGCUCGCCGCGCAAGACAAACCAGCGACGAGACGACAUUCGCAAGAAAACGGGAGGCGGCGCGGGAGCGACAUUGGGC